UUAACUAACCAUGUAACAAACGUAUUGCUUAAGGUUGCAUUGAUGAAAGUUGUAUUGGUCUCAUAAUUAAGGGAUCUUGUGAUCGGUUUCUCCGGUAGGAUUAUCCCCAGAGCCACCGUAGGUGCCGGUGAUAGAACCGGUCGAUUUAUUCACAACGAUAAAGGCUAAGUCUGCAAUAUUGUAAGUCGUUUUUCUCUUCCCUGUUCAAUUUUUUUAUGUGUUGCAAUUGCAAGUGAUACAUGAGUUCAGUUAACGAUAGAAGUAUGUCAUUUCCCUAAUCCCUGAUUACAAUAAUCUAGUGUUAGGGUUCAAUGUCAACCAUUUGAAUUCCAAAAAAUCAUCGAUUUCAGUUAGUACACUACAUAUCAGUAGGAAGGGGAUGAUGGAGUAACAAUGGCCAAUUGGCCAUUGACAUUGCCUUUGCCUUUGCCCUAGAUAGACAACUAGCACCUUGUCAUUUCACCUAGUUAAAAACUCAAAAACCUUAAACCCCAAUUCAUUUACGUAAAUGCCACUGUAGAAACAAACAAGCUAUCCAUGUGGCAGCCUUAGAAGAGCCAUAUCACAAUUAUUUGAGAGAGAUAGAUUUGGUAAAUAUCAAGAGGAUGAAGUUAAGAUCAGAAGAAACAAACAAGAGGUUGAUGUUUUUAGCAUCUCAAACCUUUCUUGUCUCUUCUUUUGUUAAUUCUAUUGGCUGUUUGCAUGUUACCUUUAGAAUCGUUCGUUUAUACUUCAUACUGUUACCCUGCUAUGUGACAUUCUUUGAAUCUUUUCGUUCAUCACGUAUGAUCAUUAUCUUAAGACAUCGGUUUUGUCGAUUCUGAAAGAACUUUAUGAACUAAUGAAAUCACCAUAAUAAUCAAUGGUCCAAUUACCACAAGAGUUUUGUAGCAACUAGUCUGAUUGCUUCCAUUAGAUAUGGCUCACUGGGCCCUACUAAACGCCUUAUGGGACAAACUAUGUAAGAAUACAUCGACUUGAAUUUUAUACAAUUAUUAAUAUGACUACGUAACUUGUCUUGUAAAUUGCUCCAAUUGUCUCUUCUGUGAUGCAACUUGCAAGUUUCACUAAAUUGAUUAGUGGGAUUACCUAUACCAUGUUAAGUACAUGUAAUGGGGUGAUGAUAUCAAAGCUUCUCUUUGUCUAUGGGCUUUGAUCUUAGUUUUGAGGUUGAUAUAAUAUAUGACUUGAACUUAUAGUUGAAUAUCUAAAAUUUCCCAUGAUAAUAACAAGAAAAAGGGUGGUUGAUAUAAUAAUUGAAUGCUAUAAAUAUGUUGUAAUAGUUAUUAACACAAAUGAAAUCUUGAUUUCGAAUAUGCCAAUAAAUAAGAAAAAAAAUAUAUAUUAAACAAAGAGAACUCAAUAUUUAAACAAAAGCAUGAUAGAGGAAGCUAUAGGUACUAUAAUAGAAUAUACAUACUCUGGCUAGGUCAAACUAUAUAUUACAAAUGAAUAUUAUAAAGAUUGAAUACUUUAUUCUUUCCUCCUCGAAUGAAAGAUAACGCUCCAAAUGGUUUUAUCUAGGAGCCAAAAACUGAAAGUUGAUAAAUUAAUAUUUAAAAUAAAAAAGAGUUGUGACCCUUUCAGUAGUUUGACAAGAUCUUCUCUUUCUAGUUUCUAUGCCUAUAUAUAAAUGCAUCAAAAUCCAGAUAUAAUAUGUAUCAGAAACUAAUAUAGCUUCCAAAAUCCAAACCGAAAAAACACAUUAUCAUGGCUAGAAAGAGAAAAGUGUCAAAUGAUCAAGACUCUGAUCAUCUUGAAGAAAACAUAGCAUGGGAGGAUGAGAGGGUUAAAGAACCACCAGCUGUGGCGGCAUUUGGCGGAAUCCGGCGAGCUCGGAAGCGGUUUGUGGGUGUUCGACAGCGGCCCUCUGGCAGAUGGGUGGCAGAAAUUAAGGACACGAUACAAAAGAUUAGAGUCUGGUUAGGCACUUUUGACACAGCUGAAGAAGCAGCUAGAGCAUAUGAUGAAGCUGCUUGUUUGUUAAGAGGAGCCAACACUCGCACAAACUUCUGGCCUUCUUCUCAGUCAACUUUGACCACACCUGCCCUUCCUUCAAAAAUCACAAACCUUCUUCUUCAUAGACUCAAAGCCAGAAAUAAUUCUUUAGCACUUGCUGCAAGUGCUUCAUCUCAAAACGUUUGCCAUGUUUCUAUUAAUCAUCAUGAUGAGAAGAAGCAAGAGGAAUUUAGAGAUGAUGUAGUUGAGUUUUCAGAUACAAUCUUUACUGAUUUUCUCAAUGACACGGAUGAGUAUAUUCCUGAAACCAAUGAUGAAAAUCAUGUUAAAGAUGAUUUUGGUAUGUUGAUGGAAUCUGAUAAUAAUUUGGAAGCUCAGUGUUCAAACGGUGAUGUAAACAAUGGAGGUGGGGUUGAAGAAGAAGAAGAAGAAGAUGAUGAUGAUGAAGGGAGUAGUGAAUCAGGAGUGAUUGAUUUUGGUUUCAUUGAUGAACUUGGAUCAACUUGUAACUUUUCUCCAUUUGAGAUAGCUCAAGAGAUAGCAUCAGAGGUGUACAAUGAAGAAGGAGAAGAGCCAUUAACAAUAUCUGAAGCGAUGAAGAGGAUGAAAUAUGAACGCAAGUACUCGGCUUCUCUUUAUGCUUUCAAUGGCAUACCAGAGUGUUUGAAGUUAAAGCUUGGUUUUGGAGGAGGUGUAAAUGUAAAAUCUAGAGGAAGAUCCAAAAUGCAAAGAACUGUUCUUCAUAAGAAAGCAGAAGAAGAAGAAGAAUCAAAGAAAGAUGUUGCAGAAGACUCAACAACAGUUUCUUCUGCAACAAACACUAUCGAUGGAGAGUUGUCGCUAUGGAGCUCUCUUGAUCUCCCAACCAUAUGUUAUGUUAAUUAGCUCAAACCUGUUAUAUAGUUUUAGUUUUGUCUAGUUCAUCAAACUCACUCAAUGUCUUUUACUUUUUUGAAAAGAAAUGAAAAAAAGUACAUUGUCCUAAUUCCCAAUUCUUUUUUUUUUUUAACAAAUACAAGCAAUAAAGUUUUACUUAAUAAAUGCGACACUAAGGUUACACAUUACUCUUAUUAUAAUAAACCAAAACAAGCUAUUUGAUGGUUUUAUAUAAGUAAACAAGUUAACAAAAGAUAAAUACGGGCUCACAAAAUUCGCCUAUAAAUAGAAGCCUAGAGAUUUUUAUAUACAAUACAGCCUAGCUUUUCUUCACAAAAGAUGAUAUCCCGGAGAAAGCCAUUCAUAUUUUUUUUCAGGCUAUGUCUUGUUUUAGAGAACACGAAGCUGAGCAAGAAACGCAGCACAAAGUUCCAAAAACAGAAA